AUGAAUAAUCAAGCUAGACGCUCACGACAUGCAUCCGGCAUUUUACCUUCAAAACAGUUUUUCGCCCCUCGAAAGCCAAUAAUACAACACUCGUCAGCUCGACGAAAAUCCACGUAUUCCAUUCACGCAAAUGUUACUCACUCUUCAAACUCACCUACCGAACCGUUGCCUCCAUUACUUUCUGCAAUGGGAAGUGCGGUUCUUUCCUCCUCAAUGUCACGAAUGUCUUCUGAAGAAAAUGACGAGCAUUUGCCACAGCGAUCGGCGCCUACUAAUAGUAUGCCUUUGACCAGAUUCUCGGUUUCCGCUACCAAUCUCAACAGUAGCAGUAAUAAACAGGCCAACCAUUCAUUAGACAUACAAAGUGGAGACUCUAUAAAACAUCAGAGUAUUGAUAAUAUAUCGCAGGCGGCUAUAGACUCUGUAUUAGAACCAGCAAAUUUGGAUAAUUAUAUAGAGUCUGGUGCUUCAAGACGUAUACGGGAUUCUACGCUGACUAUAGAUAUAACUAGGUUUUCUGAUAGUAACAUGUCCAGAGCAUUGUCAAAAAAAAGGAUGACUAAACAAUUGGGUACAAAUGAUCCUGCCAUGUCUCCAUACGCGUCAAUGGCAAAAUUAUUUCCCCGUGUUGUAUUUCAACCUGCUUCCCUGCCUUCAGAAAAGGGCCGAGGACGUAAACGAUUAUAUCAGGUGUGGCCGGGCAGAAAUAGAUUUUUUUUGGGUGGUAGAAUAAUGACUAGUCGUGAUUUUCCUGCAUUUAUGGUCGCGGUAACGACACUUAUCGUACCUGGUCCAUAUCUAUACCAAAAAUUAUCACCGGCGAUUGUUUUUGUUUUUGCUUACCUAUUUCUCUUGGCUUUGACAAGUAUGCUUAGAACUUCAUGGUCAGAUCCAGGUAUAAUUCCACGAAAUCUUGAUCCUUCGCCUCCUUUUGAGGAUUUUGAAGAAACUGAAAAUAAUUUAAACAAUCAUCAGCACACUUAUUUCCCUGCUCGUAGUAUCCCAUUACCGAAAGACGUAAAAAUGAAUGGUACCACAUUGAUACUGAAGUAUUGUGAAACGUGUAAAAUUUAUAGGCCACCAAGAUGUAGUCAUUGUCGUCAAUGUGAUAAUUGUGUUGAAGGUGAAGAUCAUCAUUGUAUAUGGUUAAAUAAUUGUAUAGGUCGUCGCAAUUACCGCACCUUCUACACUUUGAUAUGUACUGGCACUAUACUGUGUCUCUAUAUUUUGGGAUUCUCAUUGGCACAUUUGGUGCUAUUAAUGCAAGAGCGUGCUAUUAGUUUUAUCGAUAGUAUAUUGGUGGCACCCGUGAGUUUUGUUCUUGCCGUGAUCGCUUUUUUAUUAAUGUGGUCUGUGGGUGGAUUAACGAUGUAUCAUACAUAUUUGAUAUGUAAAAACAUGACCACACAUGAACAACUUCGAGCUCCUUUAGCUAGACGGAAUGGACUUAAAAAUCCCUAUGAUUUUCAUAGUAUAUAUCUUAAUUGUUGUUGGGCGCUAUGUAGACCAUUAAUCCACAGACGCGCUUUUGUGGAGCAAGAAUAUUUAGAUGAACGAGAAUUAGCCGGCAGUCGAUUAAGUGAGCCAAAGCCACAAAGACAUCAACAAAUUCAAAUGACAACUACAACUACCACAACCACCACCACGACAACUACAGCCGCUAUACCACAGAGUCCUAUACCACACAGUCCCACUGCCACAGUCGCUACACCACUCAGCCCCACAACCAUAGCCACUACACCACUCAGUUCCACAACCACAAUCACACCAUCUUCUCCACCAUUGAAUUCGAAUUCACGUGAGGAACAAGAUGAAAUGGAUGCUAAAGUUGUAUAG